AUGUUUGGAAUUCCACUUCCAAAUCACCGUCCUCACCGAAAUCUCCCACUCCGAAGUCGCCUUCCUCCAGGAAAAAAAGAUGACUUUUCUUGGAAAACUUGGAGGAACUUUAGCAAGAAGGCAAAAGAAGUGUCUGAGCUCCAGGAGGAGGGAAUGAAUGCGAUUAACCUGCCCCUCAGUCCCACACCGUUUGAGCUGGACCCUGAAGACACCAUGCUUGAUGAGAGUGAAGUCCGUGCCAUGGUUGAUCCCAACUCAAGGAACGAUCCCAAACUCCAAGAGAUAAUGAAGGUGCUCAUUGACUGGAUCAGUGACGUGUUGGUGGGAGAGCGAAUCAUUGUUAAGGAUCUAGCUGAAGACCUCUAUGAUGGGCAGGUGCUACAAAAACUCUUUGAGAACCUGGAGGGAGAGAAGCUGAAUGUGGCUGAGGUGACUCAGUGUAAGGUCGCUCAGAAACAGAAGCUGCAGACAGUUCUGGAAAAGAUCAAUGACACUCUCAAAAUUUCCUCCAGGAACACUAAAUGGAAUGUUGACUCUGUUCAUGCUAAGAACAUUGUGGCCAUUCUUCACCUGCUGGUGGCUCUUUCUCAGUAUUUCCGGGCCCCUAUCAGACUGCCAGACCAUGUGUCCAUUCAAGUUGUAGUGGUUCAGAAACGAGAAGGAAUACUUCAGUCUCGGCAGAUUCAGGAGGAAAUUACAGGCAACAUAGGGGCAUUGUCUGGAAGAUAUGGUGUGCAUUAUAUUUAAUUUGCACAUCUUAAAUUAAUA